CACCCUCCAAGGUGCCUGGUGAGGGUGGUGACUUUGGUGACAGUGUGCAGGUGGAGGAUGGGAGAGAGGGGCAUGUGGUGAUGAUGGAAGAUGCACCGAUGCCCAGCCUCAACUCCAGCGACAGCAUGAGCAUGUAUGGAGGAAUGGGAGAUAUGUCUUGUGACAGCGUGGGAAGAGGGGAGGAGGAGAGAGGGAAGGUGCUGGUAAAGGAAGAAGAGGAGGAGGAGGAGGACAGGGAGGGAGAGACUGACCGCGUCCUGCUGUUUGACGAACAGACUGACUCCUUCCAGCUGUACAACGAGGACCAACACAAAGCUCCCCAGAGGGAUGAACAAGGAACACCAAUUGUAAAUCAACCAGUACACGGUGCU